UUAAUGGAACCCCAAGCAGUCAGUUGUCCACCCCUAAAUCUACAAAGUCGUCCAGUUCUUCACCAACAAGCCCAGGCAGCUUUCGUGGACUCAAGAUCCCUCCACAUGGUGGAUCUUCUUCCAGUGUGAAUGGUGUACCUGAAUCACUCCAUUGCCAGAGUCCCGAAGGUGUGAACGGAAACAAGUGCUCAGGGUCAUCUACCAUUCUUGAGAAGUAUAAAGUGGGGAAGGUGAUUGGUGAUGGCAAUUUUGCUGUUGUAAAGGAGUGCGUAGAACGAUCCACAGGAAAGGAGUUUGCACUGAAGAUCAUAGACAAGGCUAAAUGCUGUGGAAAGGAACACCUGAUUGAAAAUGAAGUGUCAAUUCUGCGUCAAGUGAAACAUCCAAAUAUCAUUAUGCUUAUAGAGGAAAUGGACACCCCAACAGAACUCUAUCUGGUGAUGGAGCUGGUUAAGGGAGGAGAUCUAUUCGAUGCUAUCACUUCUUCUACGAAAUACACAGAGCGAGAUGGGAGUGCAAUGGUCUACAAUCUAGCCAGUGCACUCAAAUACCUUCAUGGUCUCAACAUUGUGCACAGAGACAUCAAGCCAGAAAAUCUCCUGGUAUGUGAAUAUCCAGAUGGAACCAAGUCUUUGAAGCUAGGAGACUUUGGACUGGCAACUGUGGUUGAAGGACCUUUAUACACUGUCUGUGGUACACCCACGUAUGUGGCUCCAGAAAUCAUUGCAGAGACAGGGUAUGGCUUAAAGGUGGAUAUUUGGGCUGCAGGUGUGAUCACGUACAUACUGUUGUGUGGAUUUCCACCUUUUCGCAGUGAAAACAACCUUCAGGAAGACCUCUUUGAUCAGAUACUUGUUGGGAAGCUGGAAUUUCCUUCUCCCUACUGGGAUAACAUCACUGAUUCAGCAAAGGAGUUAAUUAGCCUGAUGUUACAUGUGAAUGCUGAAGCCCGAUAUACAGCAGCACAGAUCCUAAGCCAUCCCUGGGUGUCAGAUGAUGCUUCCCAGGAGAAUAAUAUGCAAGCUGAAGUAACAGGUAAACUGAAGCAGCACUUUAAUAACACCCUACCCAAGCAAAAUAACACAUCUGCUGGGGUUUCUGUCAUCAUGAACACAGCUCUAGAUAAAGAGAGUCAGAUUUUCUGCAGCAAGCGCUGUCAGGACUCUGGUAGAGCUGGAAUGGAGAAAAUUUCUGCAAUUACUGCUGCAGUUGAUGAUCCUCAUGUGGCUGGGUCCAAGACCCUCUUCCCUGCUGCUUCUGAGCCACUCAGAUCCCCCACGCUCCCUGCCUCAGUAUCUCCUGAGUUUGCUGGGGAUCAGCCUGGUGCGUAGGACGGAUGAAACCAAAACCAACUGAAGCUCCCUGCGCUCUCGCCACUUCUCUUCAUUUCACAUGACAGUUUGUUUUCAGUUUGUGUGCACCCUCUUGUGGCGAGCCCGAGGCAGGCUCUGUCACGGGAGACUGAUCUUCUAAUAGUGGGUGAGUGGAGUGCGUUUUGAGUGCUCUUUGCCCUUGUCUUGAGAACAGCAGUAGGGGAAGGAUUCUGGCAAUGAUAGAUGAUUUUUAAGUUAUCUGUGUUAGUUUAAUUAACGGCAUUACACACAGCCUUGGGCUCUAAAUAGACUAACUUAUGGCGUAGCUAACCAUAUUUUUAUAUGAGCAGUGAGACAAUGAAAGUCACCUGGCCUCACCUCUCUACAAGAAGGCCCCAUUCUGUUCAUCUGAUGAGGAUUCUCAGAAAAGUGGGAGAGGAAGA